AUGGAAAAUGCUCCUGUGUCCAAGGCCUUCUCGCACUAUCAUCUCUUCAGUUCAUCCAACACUUUAUCAGAUGUAAAGAACAGCAUCUUGCAGAAGCUUAGGGUAUGUGGUAGCAAGUGGGUGAAGAAGCUAUUCUACAAGAUUCCUAUCUCAGUUGUCUCGAUCGAUGUUAAGUAUGAUACGUUUGUGCUAGCGGCUGAUGAAGAUAUUCGGGUUCUGUUUCAUUGUGUUAGGAGUUUUCCAGAGAUCAGAAUACACGAGCUGUAUGCGAAGUUGGAGGUUGGUGUCGAGAGUUCUGGGACAUCAGCUCCAGUUCAUAGCUCGACUGCCGCAGGCGGUGCGUCUAGUUUGAUGCCUGUGGCAGGACCAUCUAUUCCGCAGGUCGCAUCCCCUUCCUUCACGGCUGAUUUAGAUCGAACCGAGGCAGUGGGUUCUGUACCGUUGGAGAAUCCUGGGGUCUGGCAGCAGGCAUUUGAGGUGGAUGCCGGUGGUAGCAUGAUACAUGAUGUUCAAGCCUUCAGGGAACCUGAUAGACACGGGCCUUCAAGUUCUGGCACACAGCAGUACCCUCGACACUUCUCCACUCUAAACUUGGAGGCUCUGGAUCAACAGGCGGACGGAGGUGCUAUAAUUGGCGGUUCUUCUACAGAAUUUCAGAUUGGACAAUCAUUCCAGAAUAAAGAUGAGGUUGUUCUGAGUGUGAAGGACUAUAGCAUCCGUCGAGGUGUUGAGUACAGAGUCGUGGAAUCGGAUCAUCUGAAGUAUCAUGGAAGAUGCAAGGAGUUCGGCAAGGGUUGUACUUGGUUGAUUCGCAUAUCGCUUCGUGCACGAAAGGGCACUUGGGAGGUUAGGAGGUACAACGGUCCGCACACUUGUUUGGCCACCUCUAUUUCUAGUGAUCACCGUCAGCUUGAUUACCACGUUAUCUGUGCGAGAAUUUUUCUGUUGGUUAGGGUGGAUGCUGCGGUUACGAUCAAGGUCUUGCAACAAGCAACAGAAGCCGAUUACGGGUUCAGGCUUAGUUACAGGAAGGUUUAG